GCGCAUGCGUCAAGGGCGACCCAAGCUCGCGGUGGGCGCGGUAGCUGUAGCAGCAGCGGGGCGAGUCGCGUGGUUCUUCAGACUCACCUGUGGUAGGCGUUGGCAGUCCAGUGAGAGGACUGCCAACUUCCCAUCCCGGAAGUUCCUGGAGCCAGGGGAUCCGGGAAGCCUCGAGACGUGCUGAGUGACCGGAGGCGCUGGGCUGCCUUCCUGCCCAGCGAGGGUUUUAAUGGACGCUAUCACCAGGCACUCGCUGCUCGUUUGGCGGCCCCCGUGCCACCUCUAGACGGAGUAACUGCGACCGUGCCGCCUCCUGAUGCUGGUCACUGAGGACCCGCUGCCAGCCCAGCUGUGUGCAUGGUCAUCUUCGCUUCUUGCAACAGCCUGGCAAGGCCUGUUCCAUGGCUACUCCACACAGUUCAAAUGAAACCUCCUACUUGCUACCUCCAGACAACGAGGACUGUGAAGGGCGCGGCAUUCCCGACUUUUUCUAUGGGGAGAAGGAGCUGGUAGUAGAAGGGAUUCAGUGGCCCAGGACUGCCCCUGGCACCCCGGACACCCUGCCUCUGUCUCGCUUUGACUCUGCACUCUGCACUGCCUGGAGGCAGCGGGUAGAGCUGGGACUCUUUCGCUACCGCCUGGGAGAGCUGCAGACACAAAUCCUUCCUGGUGCUGUGGGUUUUGUGGCCCAGCUGAAUGUGGAACGAGGGGUACAGAGGAGGCGCCCCCAGAGCAUCAAGAGUGUCAGACAGGCAUUUGACCCUGAACAGUUUAACUUCAACAAGAUCCGGCCAGGAGAAGUCCUCUUCCGUUUGCAGCGGGAGCCUGAACUCCCCAGUGUCCUCGGACAGGAGGAGGUUCUGGUGCUGAUCAACGUCAGCCCCCUGGAGUGGGGCCAUGUGCUGUUUGUGCCUGAGCCUGCCCGCAGGCUUCCCCAGCGUCUGCUGCCAGGGGUGCUGCGGGCUGGGGUAGAGGCUGUGCUGCUGAGCUUCCACCCAGGCUUCCGCGUGGGCUUCAACAGCCUGGGUGGCCUGGCCUCCGUGAACCACCUCCACCUGCAUGGCUACUACCUGGCCCACCGACUGCCUGUGGAGGUGGCACCAAGCGAGCCCCUGGACUCUGAGGGCCAUUUGCAUCUGCUGCAGACCCUCCCAGCCCCCGGCUUCCUCUUUUAUACUGGGGGGCCAGGGCCUGCCUUGGAGGCCUUGAUAAGCAGGGUAUGUCGGGCCACUGACUAUCUGGCCAACCAUGAGAUUGCACAUAACUUAUUUGUGACCCGUGGAGCCCCUCCUGGCAGGACAUCACCUUCUUCAUCCCUCACGGGGGUUCGAGUCAUCCUGUGGGCCCGGAAGUCCAACUUUGGCAUAAAGGAAGGUGAGGCUUUCAAUGUUGCCCUCUGCGAGCUGGCCGGGCACCUCCCUGUCAAAACAUCCCAGGACUUCAGCAGCCUGACAGAGGCAGCAGCUGUGGCUCUCAUUCAGGACUGUCUGCUGCCCCCAGCCCAAGCAGACAAGGUGCAGGCGGCACUGGUGUCCCUCAUGUCCCAGGAAGAGCAGUAGUCCAAGACAUAUUUAUAUGUAUCAGCCUAAAGAGAAAGAUAAAGAAGUGAUAAUGGGACCAGUGAUGUGAUGGUUAAAACUC